CUGUAGUGACACACACAUAUACAAUGAUACUUCAUUCAGUCAUUCUGCUCUCUGCCUUGACAUGUGUGAGUUUUGGAGAUGAAAUCACAGCAGACAGCACUGAGAAAUCUGCUGCAGUGGGUUCAACUGUUACUUUAUCCUGCAGUUAUUCCUCUGCACAAUCACUUCAAUGGUACCGUCAGUAUCCCGGAUCAGCUCGUCAAUUUCUUGUGCUUAUAAUAGAGAGUGUGAAAGACACUAAGACAUCUGAUGUAGAUCCCAGGUUCUCUACUAAACUCAGAAAAGAAAAACAAGCCACAAAAGAAAUCAAACGUGUGGAUCUGAUCUUCUCCUCUGCUGCUGUAUCAGACUCUGCUCUGUACUACUGCGCUCUGACGCCCACAGUGACAGGAAACACAAGAACACUGUACAAAAACCUGACACAGAUGAAGGUGUGUGACGGCUGGAGACCAGAUUUGGCAGUACAGAAGGAGAGUCUGACACUGAGCUGCUCAUAUGAUACAAGCAGAAGCUAUGUUACACUUUACUGGUACAGACAGUAUCUUAAUAAAGAACCUCAGUAUUUAAUAUGGAAAUAUGCUCGUUCAUGGAGUGGUACUGGGACCCCUUCUGAACUUCGCUUUCAGUCGACUACAUCAGAAUCAUCCACUGAACUCACUAUUACUGGUGUAACUCUGUCAGAUUCAGCUCUCUAUUAUUGUGCUCUAAGAGUUGGAGCCCAGUGA